GAUGACUAAAAGCUGGUGUAUGUGUGAUAUUCUUAUUGCGGUGUAAUGGGAAUACUUAUGUGUGGCUGUGCAGUGCAGUUUCAGCAUAAGAGCUUGUGUCUGUGUGGUAUUUAUAGGAAAUCCAUCAUUAAUAACCAGGAAAAUGUGAUCCUUAUUGAAAACCUGUCAUUAAUAACCAGAAAAAAAAAAAGAAUGAAAUCACGUUAUCUUGGCAAAUCACGUUGUUGAUUGUGGGAUUGAAGUGAUGAAAAAGUGCGUGCUACUUAACCAUACAUUACUAAUCAGGAAAUUGUGGUGCUUAUUGAAAACCUAUCAUUAAUAACCAGAAAACUGAAAUAUAAAGUUAUCUUUGGUAAUUACGUGGCUGAUUGGAGGAUUAAACUGUCGAACGAGUGUUAAGUGUGCGCUGUAGUCAAGUGUGUGGAAAUGAAUCUGUAGUGCUUAUUGUUAUCUGUUGGUUGAAAUGAACACCUGGAGUUCCGGUGAAGGGUGAGAGUAGCGGCGGUCGUCUCAGCAAUUGGAUGGCGACCGUACGAGUGGGCGGAAGGAAGGAGGAAGGGAAACAAGCUACACACGUGGACCGCUUUCCCUUGGCAAACGAAAUUGAACUGGGAGAGAACGAAAGACUGGACAGUAGAGCUGAAAGUGCAAUAAAGACUGAGAACCGCUGGGGGGUGUCGAACAGUAUUUCUUCUCAGGAAGCAGACAAAACAGUCGAAAAUGUCAAAAACACCCGUGCACCAUCCACUCAUGAAAAACACCCAGACGUCAAAAUCCAGGUGGAUGGCGCGUCUGUCAGUGGCCACACUGGAGGGAAGGCGAAAGCUGAGUCUCUUCUCACCACCUUGAAGUCCACGAUAGUGCCGGAGAGCAUCACGGGAACACCAGAACCUCCCAGGAAGCAGAGAAAGGUGCUGCUGCUUUCAUCUGUAGGGCGGAGCGGCUCGAGUUUCCUUGGGUUGUUACUGGCAGCUCUGGGCAACAAUAUGUACUUCUUCGAGCCAAUCAGAGGAUUACCAAAAGGCUACCAAAGCAGCCAGAACGUCUCGGAAGAGUUAGUGAGGUAUUUCCGGUGUGACAUAAGGCAGAAAUUGUUGCAAGUGGGGGGCAGGGCGGACAUCAGCGUCAUUCACCCAUUCACGAAGUACAAGCACUGGUAUCAGGUGAGACUCCAGGACCUGAUUGACCGCUGCCGCCAGGAGCCACUCAUUAUCAUCAAGGUCAUCAGGUUGCGCCUCCAGUGGGUCCGGGAACUCAUGAACCGAAAGGAAAUGGACAACGUGAAAGUGAUCCACCUGGUGCGUGACCCCCGAGGCUCCUUGAUCUCCAUGGAGAAACUCAAGUGGAACACAACGGAAAAGGACGCAUGUGUCAAAAUCUACAAGGAUCUUCAGGAAAGGGAAACCAUGGCGUCCCUUUUCCCAAAUCGCUACACCUUCGUCAAAUAUGAAGACCUUUGCCGCGAUCCUUACGGGGAGGCCAGAAGACUCGUGCAGUUCAUCAGUGACGAAGGGCAGAAGGGAUCCAACGUGGUAAACAAAUCAUGGAUCCUUAACAAGACACGUGUUGAUGAGAAAGAUGGGGUACGAUUACUAGAUCCUGCCAUGUACCAGGAUCUACCAAAGGGCAUCUUGGAGUACCUGAAGGAGCAUCUACACGUCAACCGGGAGCAUAGAUUUGGGCCCUUUACGGUGGAGCGUGAAACUGCUUCCAUGUAUCAGCGGUGGCGGUGGGUUAUUUCGUCCAAGCAGUUGACUGAAAUCCAGGACGCGUGUGUAGAUGUUAUAAGAACUCUGGGCCACAGGUUGUUCUCCACCUUUGCUGACGUACGGAACUCCUCUAUACCUCUCUUUGUGGAUAAUCCUUCCUGAAUGUACAAAACUUCAUUAAAGAUAAUAUUUAACUUACGAUGUGUUUACUGGUCAAAUAAAUGCAAUAUUCUA